CAGGGCGCCCAAUUGGUUUAUAAACCAGUUGAAUAGUUUCUUGUGCGUGUUCUCCAUUACUUUCUCCGCUCUGCAGCUUUAUAAACCUAUAGCUGUAUGUAUUUAUCCAUUAAUGGUGUAAUAUCGCGGGAUGGUAAGGGUGGAGGGCUGGAGGAGAUGUGCUCGCGCGCACCAUGAGCUCAGUAUGAAGUGUGUGAAAGCGCUUAUCCCGAGUGUGACGACUUCUUCAUCUUCCCUGUAGAUUAAUGAUGGCUGGAAAAACGAUCAUACGUGAUGAGGUGAUAGAAUGUGACUUGGAUAGAGCUGAGGAGAAAAGCACCGUGGUUCAAGAUGAUUUACCAGGUAAGAAGGUGACUAACACAGCUCCAUGCAGGACCCUGCAGAGACUCAGUCCCAUACCUGAGCUUGAUCUUGGAGAAACCAAAGCAGAUGCAGCCUCUACUGGAUCCUCUUAUGCCCUCUCAUCUGUGGAUAGGUGUAGCACUGUCUCCUCUUCCACAAACUCCUUAUCUGACACUCAGGAUGCUGAAGAUGCCUGUGCGGGGAUCAUACUCAACUGCCUCUUCUGCCAAUUCUAUGAUCUAUGCCUCAUGCUGCCUGACACCUGUAACCGUGCCGCUAAUCAAAUCUGCCCAGCCUGCAGCUAUUUGUUUGCUCCAUUAGAACCAGUCCAAAGCAGCGAUUGGAACUGUCACUGCAACAUUGACUGUGGCCUAUUUGAUGCCUGCCAAGAAACCAGCGAUUGCCUGGAGUUAGCCAUGGAGAUUUCAGAGAUUUGUUACCGCUAACAUGCUGGCAAAGCCAACAAACUGGGCAGUAGAACUGAAGACUACAGGGCUAUUCUGAAGCCAAUAGGUAAUUCAGCAUUGUCAGUAUUACUGCUUAUGUCACAUAAUGUGAGUGUCAGUUGAUUACAUAAACAUCAACUUUGAAUGCAGUACGUCUGUGGAGUUGUAAUGAAAGUAAUGGUAAGUUUUGGCACGGCGAACCACACCAUUGCACAAGUUUGCACAAGAAUCUUUGAAGAAACACAAAGUACGUGGAGGUGACUGGAUUCUGGAGAAGGGAGGAGAUAUGCUGACACAAGCGCUUGUGCAUGCUCAUGGCAGUUUUAUCAAAAAUGGUGAGUGACAUGACGAGGUGGAAAUGGUCAUGAUGUUAUCCUUGAGCAUGCAGCCUGUUUGAAUUGGAGUAUGGUUGUUAACACAAACAGCAUGAGAUGUUUUUUCUGUAGGACACUUGUCUUUCUAGAGCCCAUCAACCUUUGUUCUCUGUUCAGGAAGACUACUCACUCGAGUGCACAGUGACAACUUAGUAGAUCGUUUCUGUCAGAGUUGGGCUCAUGCCAUGUAAUGGCAGAAAGCAGUGGAAACAGAAUGUAUGAAUCUGUGUGUGCUAUUUAUUCAUCCUUCUCUUCUGCUGCCUGAAAGAGAUAUUAGCAGAGAUACACUAUAUAGUCAAAAGUAUGUGGACACCUGACUGUCAUGUGCUUAUUGAACAUCCCAUUUCAAAGUUGACCCCCCGAGGUCAGGCCUCUGUGCAGACCACUCAAGUUCUUCCACACCAGCCUUGGCAAACCAUGUCUUCAUGGAGCUUAGUUUGUGCAAAGGUACAUUGUCGUGCUGGAACAUAUUUGGGCCCCUUAGUUCCAGUAAAGGGGAAAUUGCAAUGCUACAGCAUACAAAGACAUCCUAGACAAUUGUGUGUUUCCAACUUUGUGGCAACAGUUUGGAGAAGAACCACAUAUGGUGUGAUGGUCAGGUGUCCACAUACUUUUGGCCGUGUAGUGUAUUUGCAUAUAGUGUAUGUACAGGUUAUUUUUGUGUCGUACUAAUAAUUCAAGGUAACCUGUUAUUGUGGUAUACUUUUCAAAAAGUUUCACCACUCAUCAGAGUACCAUUAUCAGUUCUAUGAAACAGUGGGAGCUUCCUAAGGAUCCUACCAACCAUGUCAUGAAACUCUUCAGGUUCACAACAUUGAAGUCAGCAAUUUUGAAUCUCUCCAACAAAUAAAAGCACAACUGUUCAGGUUCACAGGAGUCUUCUUGUACAGCCUGUUCUGAAUAUCACUGUAGAAUUGAAUUAGGGUCACUUAGUCUAUGUUUACUUAUUGAAAUUUGCCAGUAACGUUAGAGAAAUAUGACAUACAGGUGAAUGAAAGAAUGUUGCUCUGAUACCUCUCCGCAUUUUGACUAUUCCAGAACUUGGUACUCUAUCAACAUGUCCCGGCAGGAAAAAGAUAACUGGCCAAGUUUAUUGUUCCUCUUCUCUUAUCCUCAGCUGAACCUCUUUUCCAAUGUGUAAAAGCAUUUAUCAAAGAAAAUGAAUGUUUCUCUUACAGAAUCCAGGUCAUUGCCUAGUGUAUAAAACCAAUGUAUCGCAUGAAAUUGUUCCUAAAUUCCAUUUUAACUCCAAAGAGAAAUAAUCUGUAUUGUAGUUAUUUCAACGCUAUCUUCGUAAAUAAUUUAAUAUGAAUGCUGCAUAGCCUCACUGAUGCAUGUUCAACACAACAGGCUUGGACUGUUUCAGAAGAGUCCUCAGGUCAUGUCCAAUUUGCUUUUUGCUUAAGUAAUUAUAAAACCCAGCUUAUUAUGGUGCCAUAAAAGAACUUAUUGUGUCCCACUGUGGUUUUUCUACACAAGUCAUGCUUGUGCAAACAGAUGCUUGGUUAAACCAAAAACAUCUGUAUGUCUUAAACAUUUUGGAACCUUGUCAAAUUUCCUGAUAGCUUUGGGACUCGCAUGGGCUGUUUAGAUUUUCUAAUGGUUUUGAAUACGGUGUGAAUUUUCCUAUCAUCUGCUCAAAUUUAUUUCAUUAUGUCUAUGUACAGAGCAAUGUACAAUCUCUAACUGCUUCUUUGGGACUUGUUGAAGUACAUUACAGUUUGUGAAGAGGAAUUAAAUGUAGAAUGAUGUCAUUAAUGUGUAGUAGUAUUAAAAGAAGUAGAUACAGAGUCAUUUGUUUUAUUUUACCAUUGACAAGCAGUCUCUCUUCAUCAUGCUGCAAUGUUUGUAUGUUUCUUUCUUUUUUUUUCUUAACCAUAAUUAGGCUUUUUUAUUGUUAGCCAGCUCUCUGUUCACCUCAUUAAUGAGAGACAAGACAAGGCUUUCCUCUGAAGUGCACAACACUAGUUUUUUUUUAAAUCCCGCUAUGCACAGCCCUCCUGUGGGGCAAGACUCAAUGAAAUAUUAACACUGUCCAUUUAUAGCAUUUUUUUUGUCCAUUUAAAGCAUUGGUGUCUCACCAAAUAUUACCAAAGCCAUGUUCUAUGUGGAAAUACAGCCCCGAUGCUUUAUGUCACUCUGUGUUUUGACAUAAUUUGAUCAUGUGGCUCUAAUGAGCUUUUUGUGGUUAAUAUGUACUACACUUACACAGUGAUUUUGGCUGAUGCUGAUGAUGCGCUCAUAGUAGCGGCGUAAGUAGUAGUUGAACUAGUGUUGUGGUUUUAUAAUAUUCUGAAGUGCACCAUAGAGUUAUUUGAUGAGAUAAAUGGUAUUUGUUUUAAUGUUCCUUUUAUGAAGGGUCAUUAUGGGCCAAUUUUUAGAAAAUAAAAGUAACCAAGAACACAAUGAUGAUUUGUGUUGUCAAAUGCUACCAUAUUUAAAGCACUAAAUGUAUAUGUUGUAUUAAUAAACAAAUUCACGAAAUAAGCUUUACUGGUAUUGUGUGUGCUAUUGUAUAGUGUUACCAAGUACAGUAUUUAGUAUCUUUCAGAUUAUAAUGAUGAGUUGAUCCUACAGUGCUAUA